UUGAGAGUACUGCAAUGCAAGCAUAAGUACAUAGGUGUCUGGCCCGUUCACCAUUCGUACCACAGAUCACAAGACCAAGAGAUAGCAAUGAAAGGUGGCACUAGCUUGCUGGCGGUUCUCCUCCUGGCAGCAGGAUACCUGCUCCACGGCGGAAGCUCCAGCCCACCACCGGAGCCAGUCAUCUGCACACGCGGCGGCGGCACGUCCAACUGCACCGUCACCAACACGUACGGAUCCUUUCCGGACCGGACCAUCUGCCGCGCGGCCAGCGUCGCCUACCCGCGCACCGAGCAGGAGCUCCUCGCCGCCGUGGCGUCCGCCGCGUCCGCCAAACGCAAGCUCAAGGCGGCCACCAGGCACUCGCACAGCCUCCCCAAGCUGGCGUGCCCGGGCGGCCGCGACGGCACCAUCAUCAGCACGGAGUGGCUGAACCGGACGAUGCGCGUCGACGCCGCGGCGCGGCUCGUGACAGUGGAGAGCGGCAUGGUCCUCCGGGACCUCAUCGAGGCCGCCUGCGCGGCGGGGCUGUCGCUGCCGCACUCGCCCUACUGGCGGGGCCUCACCAUCGGGGGCCUCCUGGCGACGGGCGCGCACGGCAGCUCGCUGUGGGGCAAGGGGAGCGCGGUGCACGAAUACGUGGUCGCGAUGAGGAUCGUGACGCCGGCGCCGGCGAGCCAGGGGUUCGCCGUCGUGAGGGAGCUCGGCGCCGAUCACCCGGACCUGGACGCGGCCAAGGUCUCCCUCGGGGUCCUCGGCGUCGUGUCCCAGGUCACCCUGGCAAUGCAGCCGCUGUUCAAGCGUUCGGUGACGCUCGUGAAGCGCGGGGACGGCGACUUGCCGGCGCAGGUGACCGCGUGGGGCCGCCUCCACGAGUUCGGCGACAUGACGUGGCUUCCGCAGGAGGGGCAGGUCCUGUACCGGCAGGACGAUCGCGUCGACGUCUCGUCGCCGGGAGACGGGCUCAACGAUCUGCUCUUCUUCCGGUCCACUCCCACGCGCGGGCUCGUCGCCGCCAGAGCCGCCGAGGAGCGGCUGCAGGAGAACGGCACCGACGCCGCCCGGUGCGCGGCGGUGCGUGCCGGCGUGGCGGCCGCCGAGCAGAAGGCAUACGGGUUCACCAACGACGGCGCUUCCUUCACGGGGUACCCGGUGGUGGGGUACCAGCACCGCAUGCAGACGUUCGGGUCGUGCAUCGACAGCCCGGAGGACGGCCUACGCACCGCCUGCGCGUGGGACCCGCGCGUCCCAGGCCCCUUCUACUACAACUCGGGCUUCAGCGUCGCGCUCUCGAGGGCGCCGGCGUUCGCCGCCGACAUGCAGCGGCUCCGGGACCUCGACCCGGCCGCGUUCUGCGCCGGCAUGGAUGGCAGGGUGGGCGUGCUCAUCCGCUACGUCAGAGCGUCCUCGGCCUGCCUCGGCAAGGCGGAGGACUCGGUCGACUUCGACCUGGUGUACUACCGGAGCCGCGCCGCCGGCGACAAGCCGCGCGCGCACGCCGACGUGGUGGACGAGAUAGAGCAGAUGGCGCUGCGCAAGUACGGCGGCCUCCCGCACUGGGGCAAGAACCGCAACUCCGCCUUCGAGGGCGCCAUCGCCAAGUACCCGAAGGCCGGCGAGUUCCUCGCUGUGAAGGAGAAGUACGACCCCGACGGGCUCUUCUCCAGCGAGUGGAGCGACCAGGUGCUCGGCAUCAAUGGCGGGAGCCCCAGCAUCGUCGGGAAGCGCUGCGCCAUCGAAGGGCUCUGCGUCUGCUCCGACGACUCGCACUGCGCGCCGGAGCAGGGGUACUUCUGCCGGCCAGGGAAGGUGUACACGGAGGCCAGAGUUUGCUCCUUUUUACGUGCACAGUGACCCCGUGAUCAAUUAGGGAUGGUACGCCAUGCAAUAAUCUACGGUUGGUAUUGUCGAAAAAAAUAAUACGGAUGAAACUCUUUGUUGGAAUGGUACCUAUCACACAUGGUUGCAAUAGCUUUUGGGGGAUUAUCUUCUUUGAAAUGUUAUAUCUAUUUUCUUUUGCAAAAA